CUGGUCAUUGUUUUUUGAGAAUUUACUGGGAAAAGUUGAGUGCAAAAUUAGCUCAAAAAUGAUUAAAGUUUCUUUAAAUGUUCUGUUUUUAAUUGGAAUUGUUUUGUGUUUUAAUGGAGUUAAUAUGCAAAAAGAAGAAGAUGAGAAACUUGGCAUUGCUAAUGACUUCUUCUGGACUGAAGGUGAAGAUCCCGAAACUCUUCCCUAUGAGACUCUCGACGAAUUCGAUCAAUUGAAGGAAAAUAAACCAUUUCCAACAGAUUUUGAUGAAGAAUUUGACAAUGAAAUUGAUGAAGAACGAAAGAAACGAAACGUUGCGAAUAAAUUGUGGGCAAAUUUUUUACCAAAUGAAGAAUACCAACAGAAAAUUGAUAAAAAUAUAAAGGAAACACCGCUCGUUAAUUCCAAAUUCCAUGGAAUAAAUUUGUAAAAUCAACAAUUUUGUAAAAAAAGCAAAAAUAAAGAAAGUUAAAUUUUUG